GGCAAUCCAGUCGCUCAAGGUCCUCUCAUAAAUUGACCCAGAGUACCGGCCAGUUUGCGCCUCGAUUUGCCCUCCUCCUUAACCGUGUCUUGCUCUCCUCAAGCCAAUUCGUUCCUAUCGAGUCUUCUCUUGGAUGGCGAAAAUGGCCACCAUGAUAACCUCUCCCUCUUCGGCCCCGCCACAACUCGAUGCUUCCUCCCCACCCACCCAGCUGUCAAAACGGUCAUCUCUUGCCGCUCCCACAGCCCCAAGACGUCAAUCCUAUGGGAAAAAUCGCAUGUCCACGCAUUCUGUCGGCUCCAUGAACCGUUCGCGUCCCGCCUCGCACGUCUUCCCCUAUUUUCCUUCCAGCCUUCCCUACGCUCUCGUGCGCGACUUUGCGUAUCCACCCACACACCCUCUACAUUAUGGAGCGCCUCCAAAAGAUUCAAGCGUAACAACACCAGUCAGCGAAUCGCGACGACUGUCAGAUCCACCCAGCUCGUGGGAUGCGGUACGCUCAACAUGGCCUGCUCCGCACUGGAAUCCUGAAGCCAUGUAUGGCCAGCAACAACUCCCCGCGUUGGCUUUUGGAGAUGGCCCGCCGUACAGCGAGGACGAAGAUUUACACAGCCCCAUCGUGACAACAUCGAAACACCGGAAACACAAAUCUGACUCACGGAGAACCAGAAGCCCCGCGAGAGGGUAUAUGGGGCCUGACUCCGGUCAGGAGAGUGACAGAGGCGUUUUUAUUGGAGUGAAUGGGGAUGGCAGCGAGACCUACUAUGUAAGAGGCGAUGAUUCUGCCGAAGAUGGGCCAGGAGGAGAGUAUGUCACAUACCCAGCUGAUGGAGGAAGCCAGUCAUACCUAAGUGCUGGUUCCUAUGCCCAUGGAAUGCAAAGCAAUUCACACUUCACCACCUCAGUCCAAGGCCAACCUCACGGCGGCGACUUUGAGCUCGAGUCUGAUGACGAUAUUUCUGAUGACGAAUGGCGUGAUCCCUCUCGAUACUCCCGAGAUUAUCAGUUCACCAUUGUUUCACCUGAUGAAGAGAUGCAUGGAAAAGCGGUUGCGCUUUUUGAUUUCACCCGCGAACACGAAAAUGAGCUUCCAUUAAAAGAAGGCCAAGUUAUCCUAGUCUCCUAUCGGCACGGGCAAGGAUGGCUUGUCGCAGAAGACCCUAGGACCGGAGAGAGCGGAUUGGUGCCAGAGGAAUUCGUCCGUUUGGUUCGUGAUAUCGAGGGGGGAUUAAACAGUUUGAACGGGGCCCUGAACACAUCGCUGGACAGCCCAAGUGCCGAUGCAUUGGAGUUAGAGACAUCGCAGACCGAGCCUACUUUAUCAGACACCCCAGCAAAUACGGAUGCCGUAGCUACUUUAAACGGUGACACCGAAGUCGAGAGUGCUAAUGCAACGACCGCCGGCUCUCCAGACCAGGAAUCGCCCCAAGGCUUUAACACGGAUAAGCCAAAAUCAAAAGAUAAAGAAAAACACCCGCCAGUCGUAUCUACUUUUUCAACAAGCAGCCGCGACUUAGCUCCAUACCCAUCACAUCUCCUCAGCGGGCAUCAGCACAGCAGAUCUACACCGCCUCAAAUCGAACAUUUCAAUACCAAUAUCAAUGAACCAAAGACACAGUCAAGACGAUCAAAAAGCAUAUCCAAGCAGGGAUGAUCAGGCUAGUUUUAUGUUAUUUUAUGGAUUUUCAUGAAAAUCUGCAGGGUUGAUUUCUGCGGCUUUGCUUCAUUUUUCCUACUCUUUAUUUCACAAUACCCAGAUGUUAAAGCUGGUAAAAUGGCACAGGAACUUUUUAGGAGGAUGUGGUAAAUACCCUUUCAAUUUUUCUUUUCCCUUGUCUCUUUAUUCUUGAUAUGCUCUGUGGCCCGUCCUGUGUUUUGGCAGCACAUCAUUCUCACUAUGUUUAUCCAGUGUUUUAUGUGUUCAGCCUGGGAUUAGCCAAAGAUUCAUGGGAGUCAUGUUCUGCUUGUGACAAUUUCCUCUUUGCCCUUUUGGUUUUCCCUUGGCCCGACUCCCCAUUUUUGCUGCUCUUUGACAUUUUCAUCUCCCCCCUUUUUUUUUUCCUUUUUUGCAUGUUCAUUGCCCUCUUCUGUGGCUUCACGAUUUCUUCUCUUCAGUCACCCAUCCACCUCCUGCCUCUUUAUAUUAGAAGUACUGUGUACGAUUCUUACAACGACAGACUAGUCUCCCUUGUCUAGGUACAAGGCAAUA